AUGGCCCUGUCACAGCUGCAGAAAGACCUGGACAAGCUCACAAGCUCUGCUAAGCUGUCCGACGCGGCCCGCGAUGUCGACAAGAUCAUCAACCUCCUCACUGCUGCCCGCGAAGGGGUGGCAGCAGCGAACGAUACCCACACCACGAGUCUGACCCUCACGAAACUGCAAAAUCCGAUAAAAGAAGAGCUCGAGGGGCUGAACAGCAAUCUAAAACAAGUGUACAAGGCGCAAACCGAAUUCAACAAGUCUCUCCGGUCCGCUUUCUCCAAAGCGAAGGGAAGCCUGCCCACCGAUUACGAUCCCAUGGAAUCGCAGUCGCACCUCAUAAACCGAGCCAUCGCCAUGCAUCUACUACGGGAGGGCCAAUUCGACGUCGCCGCCACUUUCAUCGACGAAGCGCAACCGCGGCCCGAAGCGACACCAGCCCCGCCUCCGCCCCCGUCGCAGUCGCUCUCCCACUCCUCCGCAUCAGCCGACACGGUCGUCGCGGACGCCGGCAUUCCUUCCGACAUAGCCUCCUUCCACUCCCAGGAUCUGCAGGCCUCCUUCGCCGACAUGUACGCCAUCCUCUCUGCGCUCAAGGCGCACAACCUCCUCCCGGCCAUAAGCUGGGCCAGGAAGAACUGCGUGGAACUCGAGGCCCGAGGCUCGACCCUCGAGUUCGAGCUCUGCAAGCUGCAGUUCGUAUGGCUCUUCAAGGGCCCCGCGACGAACGGGCUGCCCGACACGCCCGAGAACGGCGUCGCGGGGGCGUUCCAGUACGCCAGGGAGAACUUUGGCCGGUUCCAGCAGCGGCACCUGCGCGAGAUCCAGCAGCUCAUCUGCGCCAUGGUGUACCACACGAACCUGGCCGAGUCGCCGUACAAGCACCUGUUCGACAUCUCGCUCGCCUUCGACGAGGUCGCGACGUCGUUCACCCGCGAGUUCUGCUCGCUGCUGGGCCUGUCGGCCGAGUCGCCCCUCUACGUGGCCGCGACCGCGGGCGCGCUCGCGCUGCCCCAGCUCGUCAAGUACAACACCAAGACCAAGGCCAAGGGCACCGAGUGGACGACGGCGAACGAGCUGGCCUUCGAGACCCCCCUGCCCCGCAGCAUGAUGUACCACUCCAUCUUCGUCUGCCCCGUGAGCAAGGAGCAGACCACCGAGACGAACCCGCCCGUGAUCAUACCAUGCGGUCACGUGCUCGCGCGCGAGAGCUUGCAGCGGCUUGCUAAGGGCAGUCGGUACAAGUGUCCCUACUGCCCGAACGAAGGCGUCCUCAAGGACGCCAAGGAGAUCAUCCUGUAG